AUGGGUACGGUCGAUGCUGCCACAAAGCCGUCGGUACCAAAACCGUCCGCUCCCCUAGCUGAGGGAGAGGUUCUUUCUACCCAGACGUUCAUUCCUCCUCCUGAGCAAAAGGAGGUCCCUCCCCAGGUGGACACCGAAAGGGAUUUCGCUGCCGGAGCAGCUGCUAACGAAGUAGCAGCCGAACAGGCUGAGGCUGCUGACGCUGCCACCUCGUCCAAGGAGGACAAGGGUAAAGGCAAGGAAGCUGAGGCUCCUACUGAUAAUGCCUCCACUUCUCCUGCAGCUUCGCCAAUUGCUGAGAUGUUCAAGCGGAUGCGGCAGGCCGAGGUGGCGAGCAUCCCCCCUUCUGCCGGUUUUAGCUUAGAGGCGAAGGAUAAGAUCUUUGCGAACGUGUAUGCAGCCAUCCCUGAGGAAUAUGUGAGGUCACUCCCCGGGAUUGACUUAGGAUUCUUUGGGUCCAUUCAGUCCCUCGUCCUUGAUCUUUUCAUUCGCUGUGCCGAGAGUAGGAACUAUCGCUUUGAUAUGCAUAAUGAGAUGCUCAAGCACAAGGACCAGAUCGAGAAUCAUGAGCAGUAUGCUGAGAAGACGGCCAGAUUGAUCAACUUGGACGCGGACAAGAAGAUCAAAUCCAAGACGGAAGCUCUGAGGAAGGCCGAGGAGGACGCCGAGAAGCAUAAAGAGAAGUUGCUGGAGCAUGAGGAGCGGCUGGCCGUGCUGAGAAAGGAGUACUCUUCCGUCUCGGAGCGGGUGACUAAUUUCUCUUCCAAGGUGAACGUUCUUGAGGGUCAGCUCAAGGCCAUGCAGGGAAAGAUUGAGGCGGUGCGCAAGGAGGCUGCGAGCUCUUUCAAGUUGGGCGAGGAGUCCAUCUUGGAGAGUGCCCAAAAGGCGCGGGAUCAGUCUAUGGACGGGAAAGACUUUUCCUGGUUCAAACGCCGUAUCUCCCACCAGAUAGCCAUUUGGACGGCUAGACGCCUAGGCUUAGAUCCCCCUGAGUUCGUCAGUGACGGGGAGGAGGACAUGGAGGAAGACGAGGUGAACUCCUCAGAAGGUCAAGACGUCCAGGACGGGAGUUCUAUUGCCCCUCAUCCUUGAGCAGCUUUUCUCGUGGUUGGUUUGAAUGACGCCGUGGGCGUUUGUAAUAACUUUGGUGCCUUUUGGCAUUUAUUUGAUUUGGUUUGGUUGCGCCUUGAGCGCUAUGUAUAAACAAUUCGUGCCGUUGUGCACUUUAUUUUAUUUUAAUUCCAUCAGUUCGUUA